AUGGCCAACGUAGAUGCACAAGUCGCCGCCAUGACUGCUGCCCUACCUCAGGUUGGCGCUCAGUUCCUUGCACAACUCCAAGCACAGCAAACAGCGGCAGCAGCAGCUGCAGCGGCUCCUGCACCUCCUGCUCAUACUGCAGUGUACAACCUUCAUGAUUCUGGGCAACCAGUUGACCUAUCCUCACGCAGUGGCGCCGCCGCCGCAGACAAGGCGUCUGCUAAACUCCCAAUCGAAAUUACAGGAAAAGAAACAGAGAUUGUUCUCUGGAUACAGGCCCUUAAGUCCCACUGCAGCGAAACUUACAUGGAAGCUGCAGGACCCACUGGCAUUCUAGAUUUUGGAGGCAAGAACCUGCUAACGCACUAUCACUCCAUUUUGAUGACUGAUAUUCUUCAACUCUUUGGUUUGAAUGGCAGCAUGCCAACUCUUGGAAAAGGAGAUCGACCCACAUUGUUCAAAGCCAUCAUUGACACGACCGCACCAGCGUCCCUUCUUGUAUCCAUGCAAGCCCUUACAGACCUUGGCAUUCUUGAUCCGGCUGAUUUUGACUUUGACAUCAAAAGGAUCAAUGCCAAAGCAAGCCAACUGAUUGCUCUGGCCACCACUUCGGCUCGCUCCCUUUCUGACCCAGAAUGCAUCCAACUGCUGCUCACGAUCUACAGUCGAAUCAAACAGCCUCAUGCUUGGUUCUUGUGGGUACAACAGAAGAUCACUGACUUUGAAGAAGGCCAAAUGAAUGCUCCUGCUGGGGGCGCCAGCCUUUAUCCUGCUUUCAUGCAAAACGCAGCCAGAAAAGCAAAUCAACUGAACGUAGACAAGAGCCAAAGCCAUGCUUGGAAGUCCACUACUCUGACCGAAGAUGUGGUUGCUAUGACUGCAGACGCCAAGAAGUAUUUUGAUGCCAAGAACAACAAGAAGGAAGACAACAAGCCACCUGCCAAGAAGCCCGGUCGAAACCCCACUGCGCCAUCAAGCAAGUUGCUCCCUCCAUUCAUUAAGCACUUCAAGAAACCAGAGUCUGAAGGCAACGCUCCGUACAUUGUUGGUGAUACCAAAGAUUUCAAGGGGACCACAUGGCAUUUUUGCAACUGCCCAACUCAUCGAGACAAGAACAAAUGA